AUGCAUAUAAUCAGAUCUAUUUCGGAGUCUACAAAUGAUAUCCGGAUCCUGUGGAUUUCCGUGUUCAUCCGGAUGCUGGCGUUCGGACUGUGCAACCAGGUUCUCACGCUGUACCUGGCUUCGCUGGGCAUCAGCGAACCCCAGAUUGGAGUGUUUAUGACGCUGACAAUGAUUGGAGAUACAUUGCUAUCGUAUGUCCUCACAUGGAAUGCCAAUUUGCUCGGGAACAGGCGCAUAAUGGUGGCGGGGGCCUUGGUGAUGUUUCUAUCUGGAUUGGUAUUUGCAUCAGGCAUCACCAACUACACUAUCUUGCUAGUAGCUGCCAUAUUUGGUGUUAUAUCUCCUUCUGGAACUGAUACGGGUCCCUUUAGAGCCAUUGAGGAAGGUGUCAUUGCGAGAUUGACACCUUUAAACCAUAGGCCCGAAGUUUUUGCAAUACAUGGACUUUUGUCGAGCGUUGGUUCCGCCAUAGGGUCCAUCGUGUGUGGUAUUACGGUGGACUAUUUAAAAGCGACCUACUUGUGGAGUGAUAAAAAGGCAUUCAGGACUAUUUUUCUAGCUUAUGGUCUGGUUGCUGUCUUCAAAGUGGUUUUGCUAUUUGGACUGUCUAGGAAGUGUGAGCCUGAAUUUGCACCUGAGUAUGGUGCUGUUGGGAAUGAAGCUGAUGAAGAAGCUAGCGAAAAUGAAGAGGCUGGUGCAACCUCUAAUGAAACUAGUGAACUAUCCGAAGCUUCUCCUUUAAUGAAUGAUCUGGAAUCGUCCACAAUCACGGGACUAACUCCAAGACACCAAACUCAACUGUUCAAACUUCUAUUUUGCUUCAUGCUGGACUCCUUCGGUUGGGGAUUCAUGCCUUCAGCAUGGGUGGUCUAUUACUUCAAGCUAGUAUUCGGAAUUUCAGCUACAAUUCUCGGCACGUUGUUCUUCGUAACUUCAAUUGUUAGUGCUUUGGCCGGAAUCCCAUCUGCUUACCUUGCCAAAAGUCUCGGACCUAUCAGAUCGUCACUUCUAUCACAAAUACCAUGUGGUCUAUUCUCGAUAGCCAUUCCGUUUUGCGGAACUCACUUUUUCACAGCAUCUGUGUUCUUAACCCUUCAACAGCUCACCACAGGUAUGGACGUUGUACCCAGACAAAUUCUUACCACCUCUCUCUUCCCACACCGAGAUGUGGUGAAGGCCUUGGGUCUGAUCAUGGUGGGAAAGACGGCAGCACGCACUAUUGGUCCAAUUUUCACUGGAAAACUCGCCAGCAUUGGACUUCUGUGGGUUAACUUCCUUAUAUCCGGAGGAUGUCUUAUUGUGAGUAAUUUAGUUCUUUGGGGGUCGUUUCUGAGUUUGGACGAGGAGGUCCUGCUACAUCAAAAGACGAACACCAAUUUCGGAUAG